UCCCCUCCCCCCCCUCCAGUGCAACUCGGUUUUCUGGAGAAAGCGAACCUGCUCCAGUGAGGAGGCCGUGAUGAUGGGAGGAGUAAGAGAGGAGUGAGAGGAGAGGAGCCUGAAAAACACGUUCAUCAGUGAAGUCUCUGUCGCUCCUGCAGCCGGAGGAGCAGCAGCAGGUCGAGUCCCUCCCUCUCUCUCUCUGUCCUUCUCUCUCUCCCUCUCCUUCUCUCCCUCUCUCUCUCUCUCUGAUAAACGGGAAACCAUUUUAAACGGAAGUUUUUAACCGGAGCGGGUGAUGGAUGCUGCUGCAGCGGGGGGAGACGCGCCGGUGAGUCCGCUGGAGAGGAGCAGCCACACGGCGUUUACCCACAACCACCGGCUGUACGUGUGGGGAGGAUACCAGGUCGUCUCCGGCGAGGAGGUCACGUUGCCCAGUGAUGAGAUAUGGCUCUGGGAUUUAAACAGCGGGACGUGGGAGCGGAGGGAGAUCGGCGGCCACCUCCCUCCGGACUUGUUGGGCUUCUGUGGCUCCAACGUCAACAGCACACUCUACAUUUUCGGAGGAUGUGACGCCGUCGCACACAGCAACCAGAUGUUCAGCGUUGACCUGUCGGAGUCGUGCUGCUCGUGGAAGAAAGUGACCGACACCCGGGGAACGACGCCGUCGCCACGGAACAAACAUUCCUGCUGGGUUCACAGAGACAGAUUAAUUUACUUUGGUGGAUAUGGAUGUAAAACCAUCGGGGAUGUUCGGAACACAUCGUCGUCCAGCUUCAUCGUGGAAGAGAUGUCCUGGACGAUGAUUGGAGACACGUUGUUCAGGUGCUGGGGCUGGAACAAUGAGGUCAAUGUCUUUGACACACACACCGCGACAUGGACCAUGCCAGAGACUCAGGGUCCGGCUCCGGCUCCCAGAGGUUGCCAUGCCAGUGCCCUGCUGGGGAGCAAGGGUUACAUCUCUGGAGGCGUGGAGACAGCAGAGUUGGACAUGUUCUGUUUGGACCUGGACACGUGGACGUGGACUAAAAUUGACAUCUCGCUGUCCGUUUCACCCCUGGGCCGCUCGAUGCACAGCAUGAUGGCGAUAUCGGAUCACGCGCUCUUCGUGUACGGAGGCCUCGGCACAGACGGAAACACUCUCAAUGAUGCUUGGCAGCUCAACACAGUAAAGAGAGAGUGGACGAAGAUGUCUCAUCCACAUGAGGACAAGCCCAGGGUCUGUCACACAGCGAGUCUGGGAAGUGACAGUGACGUGGUCGUGUUCGGGGGAAGCAGUAACCUCUGCAUCCUCAUCGACUCGGUGGCCGUCCUGAGGGCUGUGUCCAAACAUCACUGCAGAGACGUGAUCGUCUUCCAGACGCAGCCGUACUCCCUGUUCAGAUCGUGUGAGGACUUCAUCGGGAAAAACCCGCAGCUGUUUGCGAAGCAGCUCGACUGGCUGCCGUCAAAACUGAGGAGCAAAGUGGAUAAGAGAGUUUCCUUCUUCUCCAGUGAGAAAGUUCUCACAGGAUGAGAACGACCGUUUUACAGAAUCACAUUUUGUCUCAAUGUUUUUGUAUUAAUGAUUUAAAAAAAAAAAAAAAGAAAAAAAAGAACCAUGUUGUUAGUUCCGUUGUUUUAACUUGAGAAAAUAUCGUUUGUAAAUAAAGUCUUUGUCUUAUUUUAAACCAGAAAGUUUGAUCCGGUCAAAUUUUACUCACUUGUAGUGAUUUGAUGUUUUUGAAUAAAGGUGUUGAUAUGUUG